AUGACUUCUCCGGAGCGGCGAAAGUCUACGGGUGGGACAGCACCAUACAAAGUCUUCAUUGAAAAACCCAACUAUGGCAAAUUCAAGGACCAUGCAGGUCGUCAUUACGAUGUUGUCGCGAGUCGAGCUGGCCCCAACGCGGCUAUCGUGAAACUCAGCAUUCAGUUAUACUGCUUGGGUGAGCCAAAGUUCGAUCCCCACGGUAUGGGUUCCUCUCUGUUGCAUUCCGAUGCUGUCGUGGGCUGGGGUAAUGCUCGUAAUCAUUGGCCGCGUAUUGAUGUAUACACGGGAUUUGACACCGUGGAAGAAUGCAUAGAGCAUCACCGUCGCGAGAAAGCGUUCCGCAAAGAGGCCAUCAAGAAGAUGAAGGAUGACGCGGCGACAGGAUUAUCGGAAGCCGAGGCAAAAGAAACGUUGGCUACAAAGAUACAAGGAAAAGAACCUCUUCCGCAUAUCGUACCGUCUUGGUGUGAAUCGGCCAGAUUCGUUGAGAAUAGGUGGUGGAUUGGAGAUCGUUACAGGAGCUGGAUCUUGGUCAUACCAGCUGAAAGAUCCUCUUGGGAAGACGUUAUAGACAAUGGGCUGCUGCAAGUCAAAUUUGACUUGGACAUAUCUCCCGCAUUGCUUGUCUCCGAGUCACAGCUGUUUAUAAAUACUCCAGAGGGAGAAGACGGUUGGGUUCUCGUGGAGAAGACUGGCCUCGAAAAUCUCAAGCCUGUUAAUAUUCUACGCCUUUGCGCCAGAGAAGAAGGCGGAGCAUCGGAGAGCACCCCAGGAAGCGAUAAGACACUCUUUAAUGCUUGGUAUGAUGCGACAAUGCAGCUUCGGGGCUGCACUUAUAUGCCGACAGGAUGCAAGGGCUGUCGUACCAAUGAGCCGCAUGAUUACUGUGAGCAGGACAUGGACGAGCACUUUAAUGAUGAGGAUGGGCAAUGUUUGGCUUGUGUAAGGGAGUAA